AUGUUGAAUUUCGGAAUACCAUUUCACGCCCUCACGUUCGCCUUCCUCGUCAUCCUCUCGUCCGCUCAGGACUACGGAGCCCCCACCGACACCCCCGAGGCCCCACCCAAGGAAGUCGACAGUUGCAAUGGGAUCUUCAUCUCGUACGUUUUCCAAGGCCGGGAAAAAGAAUACCCGCUAGUCAAAAACGUGUCUGCCCAAGCCUGGUCUUUUCAAGGGAUGGUGACCGUGCUUAACGCGGGUUCUGAGGAGCUCAAGUCAUGGCAGGUGUUCGUGGGCUUCCAGCACCGUGAGCUGCUGGUGUCGGCUGAUGGGGCUGUGGUCGUGAAUGGUGAUGGAUUUCCUGUUAGGGUUGGGAAGAAUGGGACGAUCCUUGCAGGAUACCCGCAGGCUGAUCUUAAGACGGCGAUUGAUACGGCUGCGGAUUAUACGCAGAUGCAGGUGCAGGUUAAUCUCAAGGGGACCAUGUUUGGGGUCAGCGCUAAGGCUACGCCUAUGCCACGCGCGCUCAGGCUUGUUAAUGAAGGGUAUAAAUGUCCUGCUGCUAACCCUAGCUACAUGCAUGUCUGCUGCAAAAAGGACCCAAAGUCCAAGAACAAGCUCAAGAAGACCAAGUUCCUCCCCCGCCAGUCCGGCGACCUAGACUUCACGUACGACGUCCUCCGCGCCUACGAGAACAAGUACCUCGCCCAGGUCACCAUCGACAACAACCACCCCCUCGGCCGCCUCGACCAGUGGAACCUCACCUGGGAAUGGAUGCGCAACGAGUUCAUCUACUCCAUGCGCGGCGCCUACACCCACCACCGCGACCCUUCCAACUGCAUCUACGGCCCCCAGGGCCAAUACUACAAAGACUUCGACUUCUCCACCGUCGUCACCUGCGAGAAACACCCCGUCAUCGCCGACCUCCCUCCAGAAUCGGCCAACGACGACAACAUCGGCAGACUCCCCUUCUGCUGCAACAACGGCACCCUCCUCCCAAAAACCAUGAACGAGACGAAAGCCCGUUCGGUAUUCCAACUCGAGGUCUUCAAGCUCCCACCCGACAUGAACCGAACCGCGCUCAACCCACCGCAGAACUGGAAAAUCCAGGGCCGAAUCAACCCCACCUACAAAUGCGGCCCGCCAGUCCGGGUCGACCCGUCUCAGUUCCCCGACCCGACUGGUAUCGACGCCACCACCUCCGCCAUCGCCAGCUGGCGAGUCACCUGCAACAUGACUCGACCCAAGCCAAAACAGGCCAAGUGUUGCGUGUCCUACUCCGCGUACUACUCGGACUCGGCCGUCCCUUGCCCGACGUGCGCGUGCGGAUGCGAACCGGAAGACGAGAAGCCCCGUUGCGACGCGGACGCGAACCCGCUCCUCCUCCCGACGAGCGCCCUUCUCGUCCCGUUUGCCAACCGGACCGAAAAAGCGUUAGCCUUCGCGAGAAUCAAGCACCACGCAGUCCCGCGCAGGCUGCCCUGCGCGGAUAACUGUGGGGUCAGUAUCAACUGGCACAUCGACUCAGACUAUAAGAACGGGUGGACCGCGCGGCUCACGCUAUUCAACUGGGAUGAUUAUGCGUUUGCCGAUUGGUACACGGCCGUACAACUCAAGAAAGCUGGGCCGGGUUUCGACAAGGUGUACUCGUUUAACGGGACCAAGCUUGGGGACCGUGACCGGACCAUAUUCAUGCAGGGCUUGCCCGGGCUCAAUUAUUUGGUGGGAGAGGUGAAUGGGACCCACCCGGACAGGGACCCGCGGGUGCCUGGGAAGCAGCAGUCGGUGAUCUCGUUCACGAAGAAAGGGGUCCCGCAUUUGAACGUGCCGGGUGGAGAUGGUUUUCCGACUAAGCUUUUUUUCAAUGGGGAGGAGUGUGCGCUGCCCAAGGAGCUGCCCAAGAGGAACGGGGCAGGGCGGGGGGCGUCUGUGCCCUUGCUCUCGGUUGUGGCGCUCGGGGUGUUGACUUUUGUGGUGAUAGCGGCGGGCCCAAUGCUGAACUGA